AUGGGCGCACCGGAGAAGCACCCGCUAUCCGCAGAUGGCCUUGAGCCCGAACUCGACGACCUGAUCGGCUCCGGCGACGAAGAAGACGCCGUCAAGCCGCUCAAUGGCGCGUCGACAGCUGCAAGCUGGAAGGAGAAGCGUCGUGUCCAACGCGCCAUAUUCGACAAUUGGAUCACCAGUGCCGAUGGCCAACAAGCACUGAAGCCCAAAGUCAAGAAGGCGGCCGAUGCGUUGGACGACAAUCAGUCAAUUCACUCACUUCUAGCCUCCCAGCAACGCGGCUCACAGAUCGUAAAGAAUCCGCGUGAGUAUCAGAUCGAGCUGUUUGAACGUGCCAAGCAGCAGAACACCAUCGCUGUCUUGGACACUGGAUCCGGAAAGACUCUCAUUGCAGUUCUAUUGCUCCGAUGGGUCAUUGACAACGAGAUCGAGAAUCGUUCCAGAGGAGUUCCGGCGAAGAUUUCAUUCUUCCUCGUCGCGUCCGUGACGCUGGUCUAUCAACAGUACUCGGUGCUAGAGUGCAACCUUGAUCACAACGUAGCACGACUUUGCGGAGCUGACAAUACAGAUCGAUGGAACAGUGCACGAUGGCUCAAGGAACUCGCCGAGAACAAAGUCAUCGUGUGCACUGCCGAGAUCCUCAACCAAGCACUCGCUCACAGCUACCUGAAGAUGAGCCAGAUCAAUCUACUCAUUUUUGACGAAGCGCAUCACACCAAGAAGAAUCACUCGUACGCUCGUAUCAUCAAAGACUUCUACCUUACGGUGGAGCUCGCUUCACGACCACGUAUAUUCGGCAUGACAGCAAGUCCAAUCGAUGCGAAGAUGGAUGUAGUGCAGGCAGCAUCCGAACUCGAGUGCCUUCUGGACUCCAAGAUUGCUACUACAAGCGACAUGAGCUUGGCAGCAGCAAUCAAGAAGCCCAAGGAGGAGGUCUUGAGUUACGACGCCUUGCCGCACGCUGGUUUCGAGACGGAGCUACUGCGGGACAUCAAGGCCCGAUUCGAGCAUAUACCCGUCUUCUCAAACGUCUUUGAGCGCGCUGCUCAGAUCGCUCGACAUCUGGGACGAUGGUGUGCAGACAGUUACCUGCUACACGCCUUCUCCCACGACAAAUCAGGCAAGUACGAAAUGGAAGUCGAGAAGAAGUUCCACGCCCGCAGAGUGCAGCAAGAAGUUUCAGAACUGGACAAUGCUGUAAAAGAGAUUCGCGAAGCAAUCGAAUAUGUUCAGACUCGAAAAGACGUCCUCGACAGGCUUCAGUCUACUGACCUCAGCUCGAAAGUACAAAAAUUGCAACAUUAUCUGCGCUUGCAGUUCGAACGUCCUUCGGAUCAUCGUUGUAUCGUCUUCGUCGAUCGACGCUAUACAGCACGAAUGCUGCACAACCUCUUCCUGCGACUGAGUACACCACAUAUGCGAGGCCACUUCCUCGUCGGUUCCAACAAUGGUGGACUGGACGAAGACUCCUUCUCGUUCAAACAGCAAGUUUUGACUCUGCUGAAGUUCAGAAAGGGUGAGCUGAACUGCCUGUUUGCUACUUCUGUAGCUGAGGAAGGUCUUGAUGUGCCGGAUUGCAACCUGAUCGUGCGCUUCGAUAUGUACGCGACAAUGAUCCAGUACGUGCAGUCGCGAGGCCGUGCCCGCAACCAGAAUUCCAAGUUCAUCCACAUGAUCGAGCGCGGCAACUCUGUACACUCACAGACUUUGAAUGAAGUGCGCUACGCUGAGGCAAACAUGCGUCGAUACUGUGAUCUGCUACCGGAAGAUCGCAAGCUUGAAGGAAAUUCAGACAGUCUUGAAGUCCUCCUCGAACGAGAGAAGACUAUGGAGGUCCGGGUUGACCCAAUUUCUGGAGCGAAGCUGACCUACGCCAACGCGCUGACGAUACUUGCUCACUUUGUCACGGCCAUCCCUACAGAAUCUGACGAACCUCAACAUCCCACUUAUGUUGUGUCAAAUAGAGGAUCGAAGUACAUUGCCGAGGUCGUCUUGCCGGGCAAUGCUCCGUUGCGUUCCAAGAUUGGCAAGAUUCACACCAAGAAGUCGUUGGCAAAGCGUUCUGCAGCUUUCGAUGCUUGCGUAUAUCUGCGUACGCACGGAUACCUCAAUGAGAAUCUCAUUCCGAUCUACCAGAAGAAACUGCCAGCCAUGAGAAACGCGCUGUUGGCUGUUGACAUGAAAGCCACUUCUGGAUAUGCGAUGCAGAUCAAGCCUAAGAUCUGGACAGAGCAAAGAGGAUUGUUGCCAAAGGAGCUUUGGGUCACCCUUGUCGACUUUCCUGAGGGCCUAGAUCGGCCACAUCAAGCGCUUGCUUUCCUGACGAGGACUCCACUGCCACAGCUGCCCUCUUUCCCAGUCUUUCGAAACAAUGGCAAUGCCACGACAGUAAAGUCAGCGAGCCUAAUCCUGCCACUCAUCGUCACAGACCAGCGUCUCGCACAGCUGAGUGCAUUCACUUUCCGAAUGUUCAAGGAUGUCUUCAGCAAGACGUACGAAGAAGAGCCCCUCAAACUGUCGUACUGGAUUGCUCCUGUGAACAUCAACUUGAGAACAUCAGAGGACAGCUUAGAGGCAGAGCGAGCGGUUAGCCCCAUCAAAGCAAUUGACUGGGCCGCUUUGGACGUUGUGCUCGCUAAUGACGAGCUCAGAUGGACUCCAGAGUGGCCUCAUGAAGUAUUCGUCAACAAGUUCAUUGUUGACAAGUUCGAUGGAAGCCGCAAGUUCUUUUCGAAGGGCGUGGACCCAUCUUUGAAACAGGAUGACCCGAUUCCUGAUAAUGCAGCAAAGGGCAAGAACAGUGAAUCGAUCCUCGCCUACAGCGUCAGCUUGUGGAAGAAGUCUCGUGCAAAGAUCACCUGGGCAGAGAACCAACCCGUCGUUGAAGCAGAAUUGGCGGUGCUACGCCGGAACAUGCUGGCUCCUCCCGAGAGGAAAGAAGUCGAGGGCAUUAAAAAGGCGUAUUUGUGCCCGGAGCCACUGAAGAUAUCAGCGUUGACACCAGAAGUGGCCACCUCUUGCAUUGUCUGGCCGUCGAUCAUUCACCGGAUCGAAUCCUACCUAAUCGCUAUUGAAGGAUGCACUGCGAUUGGGCUCGACUGCGGCCCAAAAUUUGCGCUUGCUGCCUUCACCAAGGACUCUGACAAUCAAGGAGAGCAUGAUGCAGAGCGAGUAAACUUCCAGCACGGAAUGGGCGAGAACUAUGAACGUCUAGAAUUUAUUGGCGAUACUUUCUUGAAGACGGCAACUACGAUAUCGACCUUCAUUCAGAAUCCGAAUGAGAAUGAAUUUGAGUUCCACGUUCGCAGAAUGCAGAUGCUCUGCAACAAGAAUCUAUUCGGCACUGCUGUGAAGCUGAAGCUGUAUGAGCAGAUUCGCAGCAUGGCCUUCAAUCGUCGAUACUGGUACCCAGAGGGUUUGAAACUGCUCGUCGGCACGGGAGUCAUCAAGGGCCAGGAAAAGGAGAACUUCCACGAACCCAGAACGCAUGGGCUCGGGGAGAAGACGAUCGCUGAUGUUUGCGAGGCUCUGAUUGGUGCUGCGUACCUGACCUGGGACAAGCAUGGAUCAUGGGAAGCAGAGCACUGGACUCAGGCCGUGAAGGCUGUCACAGCUCUGGUCGAUUCCGAUGACCACAGAAUGUUGACCUGGGAAGACUAUAGAUCCGCAUACAACAAGCCCCAUUAUCAGACCGCCGAAGUCACCGCGGUUCAGCGUGAUUUGGCACAGAAGGUCGAGCGCGAGCAUGCGUAUCGUUUCAAGUACCCGCGACUACUGUACUCGGCUUUCAUGCAUCCAUCAGUGCCCUACAUCUACGAGAAGGUGCCGAAUUACCAAAGACUCGAAUUCCUUGGUGAUGCUCUUCUGGACCAGGCUUCUAUCACAUACCUGUUCCAUAAGUAUCCCGACAAAGACCCACAGUGGCUCACCGAGCACAAGAUGGCCAUGGUGAGCAACAAAUUUUUGGGCGCUUUGUGCGUUAACAUCGGCUUCCAUAAGCAUCUGCGCCACCAUCAUGCUGCCUUGCAGUCGCAGAUCACAGCAUACGCGGCCGACCUCCUCGAAGCCAAGCGCGUAGCAGGCGAUAGUAGAGACUACUGGACCACAGUCUCUGACCCUCCAAAGUGUCUUCCUGACAUUGUCGAAGCUUUCAUUGGAGCCAUGUUCAUCGACUCAGAUUUCAAUUACGCUGAGGUCCAGCGCUUCUUCGACGAGCACGUACAGUGGUACUUCGAUGACAUGCGGAUCUAUGACACAUUCGCCAACAACCACCCUUGCACGCAUCUGCACAACAUGCUGCAGACUACAUUUGGCUGCAUGGACUACAGGCUGAUGGCCAAGGAACUUCCGAGUAUCGACGGCAUGGAGAGAAAAGAUGUGAUUGCGGUCGUCAUGAUCCAUGACCGAAUCAUGGCCAGUAGUGCGGGCAAGUCGGGGAGGUAUGCGAGGCUUAGAGUUGCGAAUAAGGCACUCGAGAAGUUGGAUGGCCUUGCGCCUUUCGACUUCCGUGCGAAGUAUGGUUGUGAUUGUAAGAUCGAUGAGACGGGUCGUGUCCAGCUUGGGCAAGAUCUGAAGAUGGAUGGAGAGGAUGCUGGUGGGCUUGAUGGUGCUUGUGCCAUUUGA